GCUUAGAAUACAAAACCCCAUUGGUAGCAUGGCUGCACCACCUUGCGUCCUUGCCAAGUGUUGCUCAAAUUCAAGCCACUUAAUUAGCCAUGGUUGAUUGAUCAAGUUAAAUUCCAACCCAAGGUUAAAUCAUUACUCCCUUCUCAUCCUUCCCAACCCCAACCCCCAGAAAUAUUACAGAUUCAAUUGCUUAAUUAAAUACUAUUUUCCCCUCCUUCUAUAAUACCCUCCAAAAUCCUUUUCCUUCUUCAUUCUCCCUUUCUCUAUGUUUUGGUAAACCACUUUAGGUAACCAGAUUACUACUACUAUUGCUUCAUAUACAAAGAUGCUAUCGUAAAAAAGAGAGAAACUUGGGAAGUGGGAACACAUUCAAAAUCCUUGUUUUUCUUUUUGGUCUAAUUUUUCAUCUCAAAACACACCCAUUGAGUAUUUUUCAUUUUUUUGUUCUUUUGGGACAAAAAAGGUGGGUGUUGUUGGCAUUAUUGAAGAUAGAGGCCCCCAAAAUGAAGAGGUCUCCAGCAUCUUCUUGUUCAUCAUCUACUUCCUCUGUUGGGUUUGAAGCUCCCAUUGAAAAAAGAAGGCCUAAGCAUCCAAGGAGGAAUAAUUUGAAGUCACAAAAAUGCAAGCAGAACCAAACCACCACUGGUGGCAGAAGAAGCUCUAUCUAUAGAGGAGUUACAAGGCAUAGGUGGACAGGGAGGUUUGAAGCUCACCUAUGGGAUAAGAGCUCUUGGAACAACAUUCAGAGCAAGAAGGGUCGACAAGUUUAUUUGGGGGCAUAUGAUACUGAAGAAUCUGCAGCCCGUACCUAUGACCUUGCAGCCCUUAAAUACUGGGGAAAAGAUGCAACCCUGAAUUUCCCGAUAGAAACUUAUACCAAGGAGCUCGAGGAAAUGGACAAGGUUUCAAGAGAAGAAUAUUUGGCUUCUUUGCGGCGCCAAAGCAGUGGCUUUUCUAGAGGCCUGUCUAAGUACCGUGGGGUUGCUAGGCAUCAUCAUAAUGGUCGCUGGGAAGCACGAAUUGGAAGAGUAUGCGGAAACAAGUACCUCUACUUGGGGACAUAUAAAACUCAAGAGGAGGCAGCAGUGGCAUAUGACAUGGCAGCAAUAGAGUACCGUGGAGUCAAUGCAGUGACCAAUUUUGACAUAAGCAACUACAUGGACAAAAUAAAGAAGAAAAAUGACCAAACCCAACAACAACAAACAGAAGCACAAACGGAAACAGUUCCUAACUCCUCUGACUCUGAAGAAGUAGAAGUAGAACAACAGACAACAACAAUAACCACACCACCCCCAUCUGAAAAUCUGCACAUGCCACCACAGCAGCACCAAGUUCAAUACACCCCCCAUGUCUCUCCAAGGGAAGAAGAAUCAUCAUCACUGAUCACAAUUAUGGACCAUGUGCUUGAGCAGGAUCUGCCAUGGAGCUUCAUGUACACUGGCUUGUCUCAGUUUCAAGAUCCAAACUUGGCUUUCUGCAAAGGUGAUGAUGACUUGGUGGGCAUGUUUGAUAGUGCAGGGUUUGAGGAAGACAUUGAUUUUCUGUUCAGCACUCAACCUGGUGAUGAGACUGAGAGUGAUGUCAACAAUAUGAGCGCAGUUUUGGAUAGUGUUGAGUGUGGAGACACAAAUGGGGCUGGUGGAAGCAUGAUGCAUGUGGAUAACAAGCAGAAGAUAGUAUCAUUUGCUUCUUCACCAUCAUCUACAACUACAGUUUCUUGUGACUAUGCUCUAGAUCUAUGAUCUCUUCAGAAGGGUGAUGGAUGACCUACAUGGAAUGGAACCUUGUGUAGAUUAUUAUUGGGUUUGUUAUGCAUGUUGUUGGGGUUUGUUGUGAUAGGUUGGUGGAUGGGUGUGACUUGUGAAAAUGUUCAUUGGUUUUAGGAUUUUCCUUUCAUCCAUACGCCCUCUUCGAAAGAAGAAAAUGUUCAUUUUAGACUUGGAUUUUAGUAUAAAAAAAAGGAGAAAAAACCAAAAAUGUGAUUUGGGUGCAAACAAUGUUUUGUUUUUCUUUUUACUUUUGGGGUAAGGAGAUGAAGAGAGGGGAAAUUUAAACCAUUCCUAUUCUUGGGGGAUAAUGCAGUAUAAAUUAAGAUCAGACUGUUUUUAGCA